UUUUUUAAUAAAUUUUUCUGUUGGUAACAUUACGUUCGGUCAAAACAUAACCUAGAAAUUCAAAAAAAUUUGAUGAGAACAUGCCCGUCGAUCACAAACGAAUAAAUGGUCCCGAAAAUACCGUGCCUUAUAGGCUCUACACAAAAUUGAACGUAAAAUCAUUUAAGGAAUUAUUUAGUGAAACCGUCAACGAGAAUGGAAGCAGACUGGAUCUCCGAAAACCCAACCAUCAUCGAAAAAUUUUUUUAAAAACCGGUGUGGUAAGCCAAGCGAAAGGUUCAGCUUAUUUAGAACUUGGAAAUACGAAAGUUAUUGUCUCGGUGUUUGAUCCUCGUGAAAUCCCUAAUAAAAAUGAGUACAGUUUGAAUGGGGAAUUAUAUUGCGAAUUUAAAUACGCCCCCUUCAGUUGCCCUAAACGUAAAUUACACCAACAGGAUGGCGAAGAAAAACAAAAUAGCAUAGUAAUGAAACAGGCUUUAGAACCAGUUGUUUGUCGUCAUGAAUUUCCAAAUUUCCAAGUGGAUGUUUAUGCUUUGGUUUUAGAAAACGAUGGGUCCGCUAUCGGCGCGGCUAUUACAUGUGCGGGUUUAGCACUGGCUCAUGCGGGAAUUCCCAUGUAUGAUUUAGUAACUGCUGCAACCAUCGGUCUACAAGGGAAAAUCAAACUUUUAGAUCCUACAUUGAAGGAGGAGGAGCUAUGUGGAAUUGCAGUGAAGAAAAAUGAGAAUGACACCAAUGAGUAUAAAGAGCAUGGAAUCAUUGUUUUAUCACUUUUAUCAACACAUCAGCAAGUUACAGAGUUUUAUCAAACGGGAAACAUGGGAGUUGAUGUUAUCGAAUCUUUAACUGAACUAUUAAUUAAUGCUAACAAAUCGAUUGUGCCUUUGGUUGAGAAAUGUUUGGCUAAACAUGUUAUGAAAGGUCUUAAGAAUAAUUCUGAAUAAAAUUUCUAUACUUAA